AUGCAGUUCUCCGUGAAGAGCCUUGGGAUGAUCUCCCUCUUCGUCAUGGCCGUUUCUGGCUCCAAGUUCGCAAACACCUGCGAGAACAUCGAAAGCUUUGGCAAUACACUCUCCGCCGAUUGCCGUGAAUAUGAGCAGGGGACUAUGACUCAAAGCAGCAUCGACCUUAACCGAUGCAUCAAAAACAACAAAGGAUCCCUAAAAUGCGGAAAGAAUGGUAACUACCAAGGUUCUUGCAUCAACUGCACCCUCCGAGGCAAUACCGAGAUGGAGUGCAUGUGUCGCAACGUUGCUGAGGGUCACCGUUUUGUCCGCACCCAAAUCGAUUUGAACAAGUGCAUCAGCAACAACCACGGACAACUUGGCUGCUAA